AUAAGAUUACUUAAAAAAAAAUCUUAUCCUUUCUCUGGUGAAGAAGAGAAAGAUGAGUUCCGUUGGCCAAAGCAUUCUCAUGGCAUUAACAGUAACUGUUAACAAAUACGCUUCCUCCAAUGUUCAAGCGGUACGCAGGAACGAAACCAAACGCGAUUGUUUAACCGCUUCAACCACUGAUUUAGGACGCAGAAACAUCCUCUUCUCUUCCUCUUCCUUCAUCGCCGCCGCUUUGACCACCAGCGAUCAGCUUCUCCAGAAGUAUUUGAAGAAGACUGAGGAAAACAAAACCAAGAACGAUAAAGAGAGAUUGGACAGUUAUUACAAGAGGAAUUAUAAAGACUACUUUGAGUUUGUGGAAGGAUCUAUAAAGGGAAAGACAGAAGCAGAGCUCACCGAGUCUGAGAAACGGAUUCUUGAGUGGCUCAAGUCCAACAAAUGAUGAUGAUGAUGAAAAGUUUUUUUCGUGUCUAUGAAACUUUAAAAAACUGUUCAGUAAUUUAUAAAUAUUAUUUCAUAUGGUUUUCGAAUCUGUUUCUUCCCAAAAAUACCCUAAUUUAGAGAAGCGAAGGAGCACCACUGCACCAGAAUCCAAGCUGAAGUUUGUGGACGCAAUGACCGAGUCAAGCUGAAGCUCGUUGUCUCCAUGGAAGAGAGAGGUUUCGAAAGAAUCUAAACGUCUAUAAGGAUGUGCUUAAACCGUCCCUUUCACGGAUAAGAGCUUAUCUACCAAAUCUACAGUUGCCAAGUUCUUGAAACCGUCAUCGGCCAGACACAUUUUGUAGCCUCCUUAUGGUUUCCGAGCCGACCAGAUCAUAAUGCCUUUCACUUGUGGGUGUGAGUGUGCUUCUCUCAGUACACAAGACCAAGCAUUAGAUGGUUUCUUGUAUCUCACGUCAUCCUUCUUAUGUGGUUUCUAAGUAAAGCUUUUCUUUUCCCUGAUAACCUCCUCUUUGAACAUCACUCUCGGAAAGCCAUAUUUGUCAAGUAUGGACCUCGUGUAAGGAAGAUUAACUAGAGUGGACCAAUGUCCAUCUAAACUAAUCUCUGGUGGAAUUCUUUGGUUAAACCACUGAAUCAUUUUCAUCUAACUCUAAGUACUUAUCCGGCGUGGUUUUUGAGUCUCGCUUCCAUUGUCUUGUAC